AGAUGAAAGAUUCUUUCCAUCCUUAUAUAUACAUAUAUUAUUAUUUUUUAAUAUUAUUAAUAGCUUAAGAUAAGCCUAAUCAAAUAGUUCGAAGAUAGAUCGGUGAAGAUAUUUUUGAAAUCCAGCUAAAGAAAAAUGUCAACAACCAGCUCCCAUUACGUGUGUCUCGGGGUAGCGAUUGUAUUUCUACAAUUUUCUGUGACAUCACAAGCGACUACACAAGCAGUUCCGACAACACCCGCGAAAGAAAUAUAUAAAGCUGUAUUUUAUUCUAAGGAACCGGGAAAAGAAAACAAAAUAGAAUGCAAGCUGCACUACAUACGAUUUGACGGAGCUUAUCUUCGAGGAGUGAAAGCGCCAAAUCAUAUUCAUUUUAAUGGAUCGAAUUUUGAAGAUUGCAAAAGAAGAUGCUGCUAUGAAUCUAGAUUUGAAUGCAAGUCAUUUAGUUACUUCCGGUAUCUUCGCCAAUGUUUCAUCAUGAAUGUGACACGUGAACAUGAAAAAGUUGAACUGGUUGACUUUAAAGGAUAUACUCACGUAGAAAUAGUGGAAUCACCAGUCGAAGAAACGACCCAGACGCCUGACGAAACUACAGUAAGCAUUGACGAAACUACGGAACCACUGUUUUGGGAGCCGUCUACCUUUUCUGAACAAAAUACUGGAACGACCUCCCAGACUAAGGCGAGCAGCACAAGCGGCUUUCAUAGCACAGAUGGAAACCCGACAACUGAUAAUAGAGAAGAUUCAGACACCACUGCAGUUUCUACAAAAAAUUCUAAUACCGAGAGUAUCGUUAGCACCGAUGGAUCUAGCAUGGAAGGUAGUGGUUCGACUACCAAUCUUGUGACUGAUGGAACAACUUCAACGAUUAAAAUUGCAGGACCGGAUAAAGGCGUUCUGGAAGAGUCUGAUACACCAGAAAAGUUGGUCUUGAACAACUGUCCUAUGAACUGUGAAAACGAUGGUGAAUGUCUGAUCAGAGAAACAAAUGACCCUAUUGCAAAAGAAGAAGCAUAUUGCAAAUGUUCAGAAGGAUUCGACGGAGAAAAAUGCGAAAACAUUGUUACCAAUAGCGAUGGAUUCCCAGUGGCGAUUAUCAUUGUGAUUGUCAUAGUAAGUAUCAUUGUUAUUCUUCUCAUUGUUAUAUGCGUUCUCUGCCAAUUACACAGACGGAAGAAGGGAGAAUACAGGGUCGUCAGCCACUUCCGAAAAUGGGCGAGGAGAGGAAAGGCAAAGCAAAAAGGGGUCGAAGAUGAUAAAGACGCUACAGAUUUGGAAGGAAAAGAAAUUACAACCCCCACUACAAGUGUUCAAAGCAUUCAAAACUCCGAUGCAUCAUCAGCAUCUAAAACUCAAGUUUAAUGAUUGCGUCAUGAUUUAAAUAUGACGUCACACUGCCUCUAUGACACCAUGAACACAAUUGUUCCACUGCCAACUAACUGCAAAUUUAUCUCUCUCUUCCACAAAAUGUGGUAGAUAUACUAACUUACAUGCACGAACUAAUAAGUACCUGGAUAUGACUGCUUGAGGCUAACCAAUGAUAAACAUCAUCUCCUUGUAAAUUGAAUGGAGAAAUUCAGACUCUCGUCCGCAAUACUUCAUUUAUUUUACUAUCACAUCGAACUAGCCAACAAUGCGUAGAAAAUCAAAGAUUGAUUACUAUCAGUGACCAUUUGUUUUCCACCAGACAUCUUCUGUUUUCCACCCACCGGUUCUUCUAAGAUUUUGAAGACAAAUUAUUGACAGACUUCAUGGUAAACAAUAUUACAUGUACGGUAUCUACGGUGAUACACAGCACACAUAGAGCAAAAAGAAGAGGCUUUGUUUGAUCCAUCCAGUGCUAACUGUAUUUUUCUUUUAAUUUCAAGUUUUUAUGUCGCAUCGAUAUAUUUUGCGCCUUUUGUACAGUGUGAUAUAAUAUCGCAAAUAAACAAUGCGAAAAAGUUGAA